AUGUGCUCACCUCGUUGCCUUUUUUUCACCAGGCCUCGGCUUAACACUAUUGGCCGAACAAAUAUCCAUCACAAAGCCAAGUAUCGUUCUUCAGCUUUACCAGCGGGGCCGACAAGCCCACGUGAAGCAGAAUCUUCCUCCAAUGACCGUGGAAGCGGUACAUUCCAUACGCGGUUGGCCAUCGAGAGUAAGAAUUAUUUUAAUUUAGGUUUCUAUGCAACCUCUGUUUUUGAAUGGUUUGACUGCAAUCGGUUUGUGGUGGGUUUUCUUGCUUCAGCCGGUCAGGAUCUAAGUACAGAGCCCUUUGACUACGAGCUUCUCCUCAUCCCCUCUGCAGCGCCAAAGUAA